CCCUAUGUUUUAGAGAGAGAAACACAGAGACACAGAGAGAGGGAUAUAGAGAGAGGGAGAGACAGAGAGAGUGAGAGAGAGAGACAGUGAUUGGAAGGGAGAGUUUAGAUUCCUCCCCUCUCUCUCCAUCCCUAUGUGUGAGAAAGAGGGAGAGACAGUGCAAUACGGAGAGAGAGCGAGGGAGAGAGCGUGUGGCGACAGCCUCGGCUCACAGCGUCGGAUGCAGGGCGAGCGGGGGGAUGCGUGAGAGAGAAAAAGUUUCUUCUCCUUCUCGGCAAUACCUCGCGGCUAUGGACGGCUCAUGGCGGGCUGCAGUCUGAGGGUGUGUGCGUGUCUGUGCGUGCGUGUGUCUGUGUGUAGGGCAUCAGAGGGGGUGGAGGUGUAGCGGAGGAAGGGGUGGUGGUCGCGGGGAGUUGAGGGGACUGCCGUGGGUGGAGGUGCGGAGCGCGGAGAGGAGCGACACAUCAGGACACAUCUGGACGGAGAGAGGAAAAACAAAAAGGAAUUUGGGGAUUUUUGGACGGAGAGGGACGGAGACAAGGCGGUCGCCUGCAUCGACAAUCAUACUUUAUCCGUGUGGGAGGCGCCAUCGACAACCCAUGAGCAGCUCAGAGCGCCGGCACCAUGUGUGCGGAGGUGGAGGCGUGGCGAGCGGGCAUAGGUUUUCCCCCCCGUCGGACCGAGGCUGAGGCUCCGGAGAAGGUCUACAGCUGGCAUGGCCACUCGUCAGCCAGAUGCUAGCCCAGAAGAGCUUCUGUUCGGGGCCGCCAUCAUGGAAAACGUGACGCCCGGCAGCACGCCCGAGGAGCCGGCGGAGAGGAGCUACAACUACCUGGCCCUGGUCCUCGGCGUCCCCCUCAUCCUGAUCAUCAUCCUGGGCAACGUACUGGUGUGCCUCAGUGUGCUCACCGAGCGCUCGCUCAAGACCGCCACCAACUACUUCAUCAUCAGCCUGUCGGUGGCCGACCUCCUGCUGGCCGUGUUGGUGCUGCCGCUGUACGUCUAUACUGAGUUCUUGGGUGGCAUUUGGACGCUGAGCACCUACAUAUGCGAUGCUCUGAUGACCAUGGAUGUCAUGCUGUGCACUGCCUCCAUCCUGAACCUGUGUGCCAUUAGCGUGGACAGAUACAUCGCCGUGGUGGUGCCGCUCAAAUACAACCGGAACCAGUUCAGUGUGCGCCAGCUGGCCCUCAUCACCGCCACCUGGGUGCUGUCGCUCGUGGUGGCCAGCCCCGUCAUCUUCGGCCUCAACCGGGUGCCGGGCCGCGACCCUAGCGUGUGCAAGCUGGAGGACGACCACUUUGUGGUGUACUCCUCCGUGUGCUCCUUCUUCGUGCCUUGCCCCGUCAUGCUCUUCCUGUACUACUGGAUGUUCCGCGGCCUUCGGCGCUGGAGCACGGGCCGAAGUCGCAGCCAGGUCGCGCGCGGAGGCCGCCGAAGCCUCUCGCUGCGGCUCAGCUCGGCGUUGCGGCGGGACAAGGCGAGAGGCGGUGGCGCCACUGCCGUCGCCGCUGGCAGGGAGAAGGCGGUGUAUCUGAGCCCGACGUCGCCGUCCGCAAUCUCUGUUGUGUCAACGCCCCUGGCGACGCCGCUGGGACCGCCGGAGGGCGAGGGGGAUGGGGGGCAGGACUGCCUGACGGCGGCAGCGGAGAGCGACCCCAUGACGACGCAGGUGGACAGUGGGUCCGACGGUGACCCCGUCGAGAGGGCUCCCGGGGAGGCAGGUGGCGGUGGCGGCAGGGAGAACGGCCUGGCCAAGGCCUUCGGGGUGAAGAGGUCGCGGCGCAACAGCAAGAGCAGCCGAGUGAGCGGGAGGGAGCGAAAGGCUAUGAAGGUCCUUCCGGUCGUCGUGGGGGUGUUCCUGGCCUGCUGGACACCGUUCUUCGUGGUGCACGUCACCAACGUGCUGUGCGAGUCGUGCAACAUCGGCCCAACGCUCAUCUCCGUGGUGACUUGGCUGGGCUACGUCAACAGCGCCGUCAACCCCAUCAUCUACACUGCCUUCAACACCGAGUUCCGGAAUGUCUUUCACAAGCUGCUCUGCUGUCGGACCUGAGCCAACCCCGGAGUCGGACCAUUGAGAUGUAUAUCUUUAUAUCUGUAUAUAUUGCUCAUAGUUAUGAAUAGGUUUCUGUACUGUGUGGAGCGUGUGGAUCCUAAUCGCUUCGGACGACAGGAGUUCUCAAUCUUCGCAUCUUUCUUCCAACGUCGAA